AUGAAUGCUUUUGUUUUUUAUACUUCAUCUUCAUUAACCGAUUGGUCAUGUCGAAUACGUGGUUAUCUAUACUAUUUUUCUCUUAAUAUAGUUGUAUAUUCUUAUGUGAUUCAAGCUGUUUCUCGUUUAUUUUGGACAGUACUAUACAAACAUCGAUAUUUAUUAUCUAUGAAAUGUCAUAUAUAUCUUAUCAUAUUUAAAAUUUGCAUUUCAUUUCUAUUACCAUUGUCAUGUAUAAUUACUAAAGAUAUUGUAUUUGUUCCAUUUAAAAUGUGUUUAGUUCUACCCAAAUAUAUAAUUCAUGAAUUUUAUCUAUUAAUUACUAGUUUUAUCAUCCCAAUUGUAAUUAUUAGUAUUAUAUAUGGUAUUAUUUAUCAUCAUACUAUUCGUUCAACAGCAAACUUUCGGCAAACAUUACAUGGAGCAAAACGUGAUGCUGAAUUAGCACGUAAUAUUCUUAUUUUACUUGGUAUUUUUCUAUUUGGCGGUAUUCCAUCGGCAAUUUAUAUUGUAGUAUCAAGUAAAGGCGAAGCAGCACCAAGUAUAAUAUUUUUAUUCGCUAUAACAACACCAUCAAUGGCAGUAGCGAUUGAAAAAAUCAUGACUAUUGUGCUCAAUAGAGAUAUUCGAAAAGUAUUCAAAUUACGAUGGCUAAAAUGGUUUCCUUAUUGUGGACCAUCUAUUACUCGUGUUCAACCGAUAACAACAAAUAACAGAAUAAUUAAUCCUACAAAUACACAAAAAAGUCAACAAAAUAAAACAAAGUCACAAAAUACUCACGUAUAA